UGCAUGUCGAGCGGCGAUCGCGGUAAUGCUUGGCCGCGGUGGUCGCUGAAUCCUCCUACGGUGGAAUUUCGUCGCGGAGCAGAGAUUUUUUGAUCGGAGAAGCGCUCUUUGCAUGGCGUGAUCAGCACAUUGUCUCUUUUUUCGGUCCUGAAAGCGCUGUCAACAGGUCAACAUUCCAAAUUCAGGUGACAUUGUUGUAAUCAAAAGUAGGUUUUUUGGAUCAAUUGAUGGCUCCAGAUGUUAAGGUGCGCCAGGCAUUUGCAGCAACGAGGGCUUUGGGCAUUCCUGAUGAGGAGGUGAAGCCAAUUUUGAAGAAGCUUUUAAGAGUUUACAACAAAAAAUGGGAACUAAUAGAAGGAGAGAAUUUCCGGACACUCAUAGAUACAUAUUAUGAGUCCAAGGAAGAGAAGAAUAUAGGUGAUGGAAAUGGGAGUACUGCAGGGCAAGAUGGUUGUGAAAGACCAUCUAAGAGGCUGCACUUGGAAAAGCAGGAAAACCAAGUUUUUGUUGGUAUGAAAAAUAUAGCUUCAGGAGAUCAUGAACUUUCAACUUCUUCCGACAGAAUUGUGGAGUCACCGCAACGAAGUUUUAGAGAUGGAACCAACCAUAAUUCCCGACUGCUUCACGUGCAACACAGUAACACAACAAAGCAGACAAGUUCUUGUCAUUCUUUGAUUAAAAGUGAAGUGAUGGCUUCUAGGAAGCAGGCAAUAGGGGAUGUUGGACUAGGUCAGACUUCGAUAGAAGGCCUGCCCGGUAAAAUUCGUAAGAAAGAGCUUAGUAGGGCAAAAACAUGUUCCGUCGCGACAUUGCCUCCUAUGAUUGAGCCUACCCGACUAGGCCAUUCAGAGCAAUAUUCUCCAUCGGAUGGUACUCAGACCAGGUUUCUGAAGUCUGCUACAUCUUCUCAUGCUGAUAUGGAAGACAAGGAUGACUGCCCAUUAAGCAAUGAUCUUUCCAGUUGCAGGGGUCAUAUUAACAUUGCUUCGUCGCCUCUGGGAGAAGUCAAAUUAUCAUUGGACUGCAAACAGGCCCUUGCUCAAAGGAAAUUUGAGAGGCCAAAAUUGGGUGCUGUUUUGAAAUUUGUGGAGGACAAAUAUUUGCAGUCCUUCGAAGUUGUGGGGUCUCAGUUUUCUGUUAUUAAGUUGCUGAAAGAUAUCUGUGAAAGUUAUCUAGAUCUUGGGUGUAAUCCCUUUGAAAGAUCUGGCAUGACUAAAUCGUCUCCUGACAUCAUAGGAAGUGUCUCAAACUCCAAUGGGAUCGCAGGUCAAAACACAAAGGCUCUAAGCUAUUCUAGAAAGGACUCAGAAAUUUCAAACUCAAUUGCUAGUACAAGUUCAAGUGGUCCCGUCAAUGCUCGACGCCGUCAUUGCAGUUCAGUCAGAAAAAGCCGUUACAGUGACCUCACUGACAUAACAAAAGGUGCUGAAAAAGUGAAAAUUUCUCUGGCAGAUGAUCUUGGUAAUGAGCAACUUCCUGCCUUUAAUUACAUACCACAUAACAUAAUUUACCAAAGUGCUCAUGUGCAAAUUUCACUGGCUCGGAUUGCGGAUGACGACUGCUGUUCAAGUUGUAUAGGUGACUGUCUCUCCUCAAAACUGCCAUGUGCGUGUGCCCGUGAAACUGGUGGGGAGUUUGCCUACACACCAGUAGGUCAGCUCAAGGAAGAGUUUCUAGAAUCUUGUAAAUCGACGAAAGUGAGUCCCCAAGCGAAGGAUUUUGUUUACUGUCAAGACUGCCCAAUAGAGAGGUCUAGGAAUGAGUCAAGACCUGAAAAAUGCAAGGGCCAUCUGAUUCGCAAGUUCAUUAAAGAAUGCUGGAGAAAAUGUGGAUGUGGUAUGCACUGUGGAAAUAGAGUAGUACAGAGAGGAAUAACGUGUAAGUUGCAAGUUUUCUUGACUGAAGAAGGAAAAGGCUGGGGUGUCAGAACACUGGAGGAAUUACCUAAGGGAACCUUCGUUUGUGAAUAUGUGGGGGAAAUAGUGACAAAUACAGAGCUAUAUGAUCGUAAUAUGCAAAAAAAUGGCCGUGAGAGACAUACAUACCCGGUCAUGCUUGAUGCGGACUGGGGAUCAGAAGGGCACUUGCUGGAUGAAGAGGCUCUGUGUUUAGAUGCGACGUAUCAUGGCAAUGUUGCCAGGUUCGUUAAUCACAGAUGUUUUGAUGCAAACUUGAUUGAUAUUCCGGUUGAAGUAGAGACACCUGAUCGACACUAUUAUCAUCUUGCGUUUUUCACUACUCGAAAAGUUGGUGCUUUUGAAGAGUUAAAUUGGGAUUAUGGUAUCGAUUUCGAUGAUCUUCAUCAUCCUGUGAAGGCCUUCAAAUGCUGUUGCAAAAGUUCUCAUUGCCGAGAUAUGAAAAGAAGGAAGUAGAUCAAGAGUUGCGGCCCUCCCCUGACAACCAGUUGCUGCCCUAGCUGUACAGAAUGCCAUCAGGAUAGGUUUCUAGCUGCAAUAUAAGCAGGGCUGGCUGGGGUUCUUUACCGAAGGCAAAUGACCAUGUCUUAGCUUGGACAAUAUUUUUCGCUGAUUAAGAAUUAGGCAGAUGUUUGAUGCCGUGGAGACUUUGCAUUCUGCUGUGGGAGGAUUGGGUAUACUUCGUCAGCUCGAAUUAGCUAGCAAAGUGCAGAAAUGCCCGCACUAAGGGUAUGGCAAGCGAUUAGCUAACUCGUGACCUCGACUGGGGGACUUAUUUGUUAGGUGAUUCCAGGGUUUUGGAUGCAUAUUGUUCUAAAUCUAGGACAUCAGUCGUUCUCUGUCCUGGCUCGUACAUAGUCAAACAUGGGCUCUGCGCUUUGGCAUGGUUAAAGGUUCGUCUUUCCUUUACGGUUUCUACAAAAAAGUUUUCCGAUCGUGGGAGGUGGCUUCGUUUAGUUG